UUGAUCCCUCUGUUUUUGAUCAUUGGAUCCGGAGGUGUUGGUGCGGGCCUGUAUCUCAUGCGUUUGGCAAUGUUCAACCCUGAUGUCUGCUGGGACAAGACAAAUAAUCCAGAACCUUGGAACAAACUGUCUCCCAGUGACCAGUACAAGUUCUACUCGGUUAAUGUAGACUACAGUAGACUGAAAAAGGACCGUCCUGACUUCUGAACAACACACUCAUCUCUCUAAGCUGCACAGAAAGGUCUUCCGGAAGCCGUCCGCACAAUUGUCAUGCUUACUCAUCCAGGAAAUAAUCAAACUUGCCUCACGCUGCACUUGGUCAUGUGUUUGGAAGUGUUUUGAUGAGGCUUAAUAAAUGUCUGAAA